UGUAUUUGAGUUUAGCAUGAACUAUUUCGUCGGAGGAAGCUUAUAAGUUUGUGUCGGAAAAUGUCUUAUUAAUCAAUUGUAGAGAGUGUUUAAGUUUCCAAAACAUGUACCACCAGAGAAUUUAUUUCAAUACCCGAAGAUAGGUGAUCGGAUGCACUACCGUAGAGUAUUAACUUAAUUUUUGUAGGUGAUAGAAGAAAAGACGCGCAACACUUCACGGGAGGACAAAAGGGGAAAAAAAGAGCGCGGACGUGGUGUCCAAAAUCCUCAGCAAACGGAAGAGAAGAAGUUUAUGCAAAAAAAACCUACUAAUUGAUUAAAUACGGGGUGAGAGGGCAUACAAAAGACAGAGAAAAUUGCUAGUGACACGAAUUGUGUGGGAGGAGGAAUAGAGGAGACGACGACAACACCCAUCCACCACCCAACUACCGUCUCCAAGUCAAGUCACAGCACACACACAAAAUGGGAAAGCAAAAUAGUAAAUUGAAGCCAGAAGUGCUGGAAGAUCUCAAACAGAACACAGAGUUUACAGAUGCAGAAAUCCAAGAGUGGUACAAAGGUUUCCUCAAGGAUUGCCCCAGUGGACACCUCUCCGUGGAGGAAUUUAAAAAAAUCUAUGGAAAUUUCUUUCCAUACGGUGAUGCGAGUAAGUUUGCUGAACAUGUUUUCCGGACCUUCGAUGCUAAUGGUGAUGGUACGAUUGAUUUCCGGGAAUUCCUGUGUGCGCUGAGCGUAACGUCUCGUGGAAAGUUGGAGCAGAAGCUCAAGUGGGCCUUCUCCAUGUACGAUCUCGAUGGCAAUGGGUACAUAUCGCGGCAGGAGAUGCUAGAAAUUGUUACGGCAAUUUACAAAAUGGUUGGGAGUGUGAUGAAAAUGCCCGAGGAUGAGAGUACGCCGGAAAAGCGAACAGAUAAAAUUUUCAGGCAAAUGGACCGCAAUAAAGAUGGGAAAUUGAGUCUGGAGGAAUUCAUCGAGGGCGCCAAGAGUGAUCCAUCGAUUGUCCGAUUACUUCAAUGCGAUCCGCAGGCGCAGUGAACAAUCCGUCGCUAAAAUUAAAUCACCCCUCCUUUAAAUAAAUUUUAAACAUAAAGUUAAAAAAAAAUUACAAACUAAAUCUUAACAUUUCCUUCCAGAAAGCCAUUCAUGAAAAUUUCAUUUUCAGCUAAUCACCUUUUUUAUUACCUCAAUAAUUUGAUUUUUUUAUUUACCUCACCAAUGAGAUUUUUGUUGCCAUUUCUUAAUCUUUUUUUAUUUUAAUAAUUAUAAAUUAUAAUUUAAAAAAGUUUGAUUUUUUGCAUUUCAGGUCUCUCUCUUUUUAUUUCUUUGUAAUAAUUUUUACCUAAUAUUUUAUUUUCUGCAGAGAUUAAUAAAUCAAAAGCAAAAAGGAUGUGAUUCCUUUUUUCUUGCUUCUGAAUUUAUGAUGGGAAUAGCAUAAUCGUAAAUUGUUUGUGAUGAAUAAAUUAUAUAUUUACCUACUUAUGUAUUUAUUACGAGGCGGUUAAGCUAUUCUUAUUACAAAGAAAAAAAAAUAAUUCAGAGGAAAAAGAAUAAUUUUCUGCAGAUUUUUCACAUAGAAUGCAAUGGUUUUGUCAAAGUCUUUUUUUUUUACAUAAUUUUCUUCACCACAUUUCAUCACACACAUACACAUCAUAAUUUUAAAUAUAUUUUAUACUGUUGUGAGCUAAUUUAUUGAUUUUUAUUAUUACUAUUAAGGAAUGCAAAGAAAUUAUAUAAUUAUGAUGCAAGAAUGAGAUAUGUAUUUAAAAAAAAAGAUAUUAACUUCCCUUUUUUUGCAAAACACAGAUAUAUAUAUUUAUUUUCUCUUUGUUUUUUUUUCGCAUAUAUACUUUGAAAAAUAUUUUCAUGCUUUUCUGCUUUAGCCGAAUAAUUUUUGAGUUGUUUUAUUUUUUGUUUCUUCUUUCGCAUAUAAUAUAAAAAGUUAUUCGCUUUGGGAAUCAAAUGCGCGCGAAAUAUUUUAACGUUGAGACUUCAACAGCUCCAGCAUAAAAGAGCAUAAAAAUUAUAUAUACUACGCAAAUUUCUCAAUACAUUUCCGAGUCUCACGAUAAAAUAUUUCCACCCCCGCUACACACAUUUUCCCGCGGAAGAAUCUCACAAUGAGAAUUCCUCGGGAAAAAAAAUAUUUUGGAUUGUUCGCUCCAUCCGCGUAUCGUGUUGGAAGAAGAAUAAAAAAAAUAUAUGGAGAGAAAAAAAUAUUGUUCACCCCCACACUCUAUAACCCUGUGAAGAAAGCCCACCCAAAAAUACAAUGCCAUCGUUCGAGAGGCAGAUUCUGUGUGAGAGAGACAGAGAGUGAUAUGGAUGAUAAGCAUCAUAAGGAUAUAAGCAUAGUGUUAGCUAUAUAUAUAUAUAUAUAUAUAUAUAUUUGUCAAUGAAUUUGGGAAAGAGAGUCAGACGAAAAAAAAAGAAAAUGAAACAAUUUGACUUUUCCGAGAAACAGCUCUUUUACAUUCUCCCAAAAUACAUAGCUGGAAGAUGAAGUAAUUUACCUACUAUAAUACCUACAUACUACAUACAUAUAUACCUAUGAAUUUAAUAACUUUUCCUUUCUCAAACUUUGAAAAGAUUAAAGAGAAUAAAUAUAAAAAUCAUAAAAAUAGUCAAUUAAAGAAUUAAUUGUAUUGAUAAAAAAAAUGAUAAAAGAAAUUCAAUGGAAAAAAAAUUACAAAAAAAACUGCAAUAAAUUCUCAUUCGAAAGCGAAAUUUUUCAUAAAACUAUUUCAAAGGAAUUUAAACUAAACCUUACUAUUUAAUGAAAAAAAACUACCAAAAGUCAAUGGAAUUUCCCAAAUAAAAAAAAAGUUUUUGAGCGAUGCGAAAAGGAAUUUAUCUACACAAAAGUCUUUAAAUUGUAGAUAGAAAUAAUUUUCACUUUAAAAAGAAAUUUUAAUGAACAAAUACGCUUUCCACUAUCUUUCUCUUUCAACAAAAAAAACCAAACAAACAUAACUUAUAGAAACAUUUUUAAAUUAUAUUCUUGCUAAUUGACAACAAAAAAUCGUUAUAAAUAAACUAUGUAUUCUAAUUAGAUAAUUGAGACAAAAAAAUUAUGAAAUCAUGCACUUUCCUAUAAUAAAGAAAAAUGUUUACUCUCUAAAAGAUAAUCUUUAAGAAAAAGAAAUUUCAUGUUGAACAAAAAUAAGAAGAAAAAAACUUUUCAUCUGACACCCACGCAAUCACUUUCGAUGAUUAAUAUUUUAAAAGAAUUCUAUAAUAAACAAUGAAAAUAAAUAUAAUAUAAAAAUUGUUGAAAAUUUCUUGAAAGUAUUCACUUAAAGGAAAAUUAUAACGAACUUUUAUUUAAACACAAAUUUAAAAAAAUUGAACUUUAUUUAAAUUUUUUUCGUCAUAUUGCUUUGAAUUAUUUGCUUUCUCUUUUUGUUGGUUGAUAUAAAAAUCAUUUCCAAUGUUAAAAAAUAAUUCUUUUAACGAUUUUUUAAAUCCACUUGCGUGUAUCAGAUUUAAACAAAAAGCCGUUCUGAGAAUAAAUUCUAAUAAAACAAACUUUCACGUUACAGUGUUUCCUCAAAAACAGAUAAUAAUAUUGAAGCUCCUUUUCAUUGAAGAACAUUCAAAAGAUAUCCUUCCUUUUCCUUUUCUUUCUGCUGUUGAAUGACAAGAAAAAAAUGAAGAAAAAAAUACCUCAGAAAUAUUAUGUAAUUAAAUGUGAAGGAAAAAUUUGAAGAAAAAAAAAACGUGAAAUUAUGUGUAAAAAAAAGGGGAAAAUAAUUAUAAAAAAAUUAAACACAAGACACAUUUUUCAUCAUCUCUGUGUACAGUGGCUCAAAAAAAAACUGUAAUAUCACAUUUAUUAAUCAUUGCACUAUUGAAGUAUUUUAAUGAAAAAAAAAUUAUCAUAAAAAGCUAUAUAGAAAACUCUUGCAUAUAGUUAAACAUGAAAAAAAAAGAUAUUUCUCAUAUUUCGACUCUUUAUAUUGUUUAAAUGUUAAAUAAAUGCAAAUUUAUUGAGAAAAAAAAACAAAAAAAAACAUUGAGUGUCUCUCAAUAUUAAGAAAAGAAUGUAAAACAUGCGAAAACAAUAGAUUUAUAUAUAUAAAUUUAGGAUUUAUUGAGGAGAUAAAGAAAAAACGUUAUGUAACAUUAUUUUUUAGGAUUAAUUUCUACAUAAUAUUUUAUUGUAGAAACUUAAGGGAUGUAAACAUUUUUGAUCUUUUAAAUUUGUGACAUAAAAAAACUGACGUCCUCCUUUCCAUGUUUAAUAUUUAAUGAAGAUUUAAUGGAAAAAAAAUGAAAAAUUAUGAGCUGAUUGUAAAGUUAAUGCGUAAUUUAUAAAUUAUAUUGCGAGAUGUAUAUUUUUAGGAACAAAAAAAAGAAGAAACUUUAUUUGUAUAUUCGAUACAUUAUGUUCAGGACUCCCCCUAUCCCACUAUUUUAUUUAGUUAGUCUGCCUCUCAUUUCGUGUGAGUGUUUCCCCAUUUCCUCUAAACUGCCUUUAAAUUAAAAACAAAAAAAUCUUAGAAUUCCCUUUUACUAAAUUAAAAUUUUAUAAUAAACAGCUUGUCUUCCUUCUCUACUUUCUCUAUUUUUUUUUAACAUCUCCUAAUUGUGAGAAUUUCGUCAUUUAAAUUUUUUUAAUUUCAAUUUUUGGUUCCUAAAUUCGAAUGAGAAUGAGAAAAAAUAAAAAGAACUUUAACAAACAAAAAAUAAUUGAUAUUCCCACCAAAGAUUUUGAGAGAAAAUGCGCGAUUCUCAGACGAAAACUAAUGCGACGAAAUCAUUUAUCCUCUGUCAUCAAUUUUCUUAUCAAAACUCCAAGAAAAUGAAUCCUUGAUGUUUCACCAAAAAGGGACAUAUCACUUAACAAAACCUUAACUACCAUUAAUUUCUCUUUCCUUUUCUCUUCUUUCUGUCAUUCUGUUAAGUCCUCAAAUUCAUCUUCUUCUCUUGUUUUGAGGCGCAAUGGAUUUCUCUGGCUAAAAAAAUAAUUUCAAAGAAGAAGCUUAAGAAUUUCCUUCUAGAAGGAUUCUUUUAAAAAUUUUCAGUAAAUACCCAGAAGCAUCAAUCAGGAUUCAAUCUUUAUGUCCAGAAGAGAAACUUUGGGAUUUGAAAAGAAUCUAUAUUAAUUCGCAUCAUUGAUCUCCUCACAGUCUUACUCUUUUCUUCAAUAAUUCAUUCUUCAAUUGAUAAGAAUGAAUUUAUCCUUAAAGAAAAAUAGAAUAAAAAGUGUCUACAAUGAAUCAAAAAAUCUCCGAGGUUUAUUUUUAAAUGGUGUAUCAAUGUUUGAGAAGAAUGUUUUAAUGGAAGAUAACAAAACAAAAAAAAAUGCACAAAAACAAUUCAGCACAGAAUAAGUAAAAAAAAAAAGAUGAAUGUUUUACAAUGAAUGUGCCCAUCACAGGUCCUUUAGUUAAGGAAUUCCUUUAAAAAAAUAUAUCAAACUCAUGCGAUUCUGAAACAAAAACUUUGUGAUUUUCUUGUGAAUUUUUUGUACGAAUGUUGUGCAUGAAUGUUUUAAUUUUCUCAACAACAAUUGCGAAGAAAUUUCAAUAUAAAUUCUCCCAUUAAAAAGGAUUUUUAUUCUCCAUAAAAAAACUCGAUUACAUUCAACAAAAAAACAUCUUGAAGUAAAUUCAUUUUGAGGCUGAACCUUUUGACUACAUACCUAUAAUUUUCUUAAGAACACAAAAAGUUAACUCUGGAGACCUAUAAGCAAUAAACAUGGUUUGUUUUUGCUUUUAGGUUCUUCUGCAGAGACGGCCUAUUGAAUUGCAAAAGUGAAUUAUAAAAGAAAAAAAUGUGGAAAUGAACCACCAAUUACACAAAAAUAAUCUCCUAAAAUGUCCCAAAUAUUUUUCAUCGUGAUUUUUUUUCUAUAGAAGAGAAAUUUUUAUUUUUUUCCCCUUAAAAUUUUGUAAAAAUUGAUGAAAUCAUUGCUAAUUUUAUCAAAGAAAAAUCCUCAAUAAUUCACACAGAGAAGUUCAAAAGAAAAUAUUUGGAAAUAAUGGUGAAAAUGAUUGAAAAUCAUUGUGAAAAAAAACCGAAAAAAAUCUUUUGGAUUUAUUUGAAUGUUAACAGGGAGAAAACAAAUAUUUGUUAUUGCUAUUUACUAUGCAUAUAAUAUUUAUAGUUAUGGGAAUAAGUGUAUUUAAAUAAAACAAAAAACACCGAGAUGAAAAUAAAAAAAAUCAAUGUACGUGAUCAUUGCAGAGGAUAAGUGAGUGAAAUCAUUUGGAACAAAAAUAAAUUUCACAACAUACGAAGAGAAAAAAAUAUUAUUAAAUGUAGUUCAUUUUGCUUUAAAAAAAAAUAUUUUUUUCAUUGACGACAAAAAGAGAAAAAGAAAAAUAUUAAAAACAAAAAGAAUGUGAAUGAGGAAGCAAAUCACGAACUGUGUAAAAUUUUACUGCAAUUUAAUAUUAAUUUUAACUUUAAAAAUAAAAUAUAUCGUAAAAACUUUCAAAAA